GUUAGUUGAGACUUGAGAGAGAAAACAAUUAAGCCGAAAGAUGAGGCAGCAGUCGUUGAUCUUCAGCUUCGUGGCGAGAGACACGGUGAUCCUCGCCGACUACACUGAUUUCUCCGGCAACUUCACCGGCAUAGCUUCACAAUGCCUGCAGAAACUUCCGGCGGCGAGCAAUAGCAAUAAUAAGUUCACCUACAACUGCGACGGCUAUACCUUCAACUACCUCGUCGGAGAUGGUUUCACAUAUUGUGUUGUUGCUGUAGAAUCUAUUGGCAUACAUAUUCCAAUUGCUUUUCUUGAGCGCAUUAAGGAAGAGUUUACCAAGAAAUAUGGUGGAGGAAAAGCUUCUACUGCUAUUGCUCAUAGCUUAAACAAAGAAUUUGGGCCCAAGCUCAAGGAACAAAUGCAGUAUUGUUUGGAUCAUUCAGUAGAUAUUCCAAUGCUUGCAAAGGUGACGGCUCAGGUCUCAGAGCUCGAAGGGGUGAUAAAGGGAAAAAUAAUUGAGGUUCUUGAUCGUGAAGAAAAGCUCGAAAUUCUGUUGGACAAAACUGAGAAUCUUCGAUCACAGGCACAGGAGUUCAAGGCACUGGGUACUAAGUCCAGGAAGAAAAUGCGGCUACAGAAAACGAAAAUAAAGCUAAUUUGUAGCUGUUUCAUACUGCGACGGAGCGAGGAUUAAAUUCAAUGAUGUUAGAGCUUUAGCAUUUGAGAUUGAUGAUGUUGAGUUCUUUUUUAUAAAGUGAUCUGCGAAUUGUGUUGCUUACACUGUUGCUUGGGAGACUUUUUCUGAGUCAAAUUGCUGGGAAUGGCUUGACAUUCCUCCAUCUUUUUUUAUUGACAUUCUUAGUCGUGAUUUAAUGCAUUAGUCUUUUAUUCUAAAAAAAUAAAAAAUCCACUAGAGGCCACUGCAUGCCCUCA